AUGGAUAUUUUUCAGCAGCAGAAAUUCAUAUUCAUAAGUAAUAUUGCAGAAUCGUGUACGAAAUUUUUGUGCGGACUUGCCGAUGAAUUAGAAUUGGAGAGAAGCACAUAUGAGUGUGUCAAAGGGAAACCGUUUGUAAUAAUGACGUGCCGAGGGGAGAAGCCGGAUCUUCCAUCGUUGAUGCUUUAUUCACACACCGAUGUGGUACCGGUGGUGAGG